CUCGCGAUCAGUACCAGGACUCAGCAGUACUCAGUGGCGCAUCGAUUGCGUACGCUUCCCAACGUCUCUUUUGUUAACGACUAGCAUGCCUUAGCGCGGGGAGAUAGAUAAAAGGCAUCCCAGGACCGAUGAACAUGAUAACUUGAACUGUACUGCCAAGAUGGCCUGCAUUCCGCCUGUUUCAGGCAUCUCAUCGCAGAAAGCGCAGCGGCAGCGGCGAUUGCCCGCAAACCCACAUAGCUGCAAGAACACAUGCAAACUGUGUGCUACCAAGUUCGGUACGGUUGCGGGAAGAGACUGGUUCGGUGCCGCUGCAACGCUAUGCGCCGAUCUCAUCACGGAAUUACGACCCGAUCUUCUGUGGGACAACGAGGGAGCAGAGAUGGUUCAGCAGUUCAUCGCGGACAUGCUGAAGUUGGCUCAGCCUCAGGUGUCAACUGUGUUGUUGACAAUGUGGAUCAUAUCUUCAUGGACUCGAGUCGCUGAGUGUGAGUUGAAGAAGGCUGACCGACGGCCGUACUACAAGAUGGUCUUCACAACAUCAUUCCAUGCUGCAAACAGCUGGCGCGUUUUCCAAAGUGACCCGGGCUUCGCGUACGACUGGGUAGAGCCCAUGGAGUGGUUUUCCGCUUCUACCUGGUUCGCAGACUUUCAAGUUAGUGCAGAACACACUAAUCGGUACACGUCGCUGUUCAAGGGGUACAUGGAGCUCAUCUACAAUGAAGUCUUCCCAGAUUCAAAGGCAGAUUUCCUGGACCUGAUAUCUACACCUGUGGACAAGCUAAAUGAUAACUUGGAAUGCCGUCUGCGAGAGAACAUACGUCAAGCUUACUCGAGCCGUGGCAUAGACCCAGACAAAAGACUUAACGAUCUUCAGGCUCUGAUACACAAAGCUCCGUCCGAUUCAUCGCUACCUACAUGGAAGGAUUCGGUCAUACAGCUGAGCAUAGUCGUGGACAAAUAUCACAAUGCAGACUCGGAGGCGCAAACCUUCAAUGACAAGUCUCAACGUCAGCGCCGAAUAAUCAUUGGUUUUUCGACCACAGGGAUUCCACCCGUAAUGAAUCUGUUGAACAAGUAUGCACCACGUGGAUUAGUGACGCCAAUCCAGUCGCAUGAAAACAAUCCCAUCGAGUACUAUGCCUUUCCGCCCAAGUUGGCACUUCAAAUAUUAAUGGAAUGGUCUGACAUGUGUGGAGACAUAAUAAAUGACAGCGUCCCGAAGGAAGCCGCCCAUACCGUGACGAAUGCGAAUGCCACAACACCCCACGGGCCCUCUCCGAAUGGACGUCGCCCAUCAUCAUGGCUUGAGCUAGAGCAGGAGCGUCGUCUGCCACCACGCAGGCGGAGCCCAUUUCCUGGACAACCAAUCCCACCUCCAUGUUCUCCUAGCAUUGGUGAUCCAUCGUCGUGAAAAACUUUAGAGCCUUAAGGGGGCUGGCAUCGCUGAAGGUCGCUUCGCGCUGUCUACAUACUAGUAGCACGCGCACUGGUGCUUGCCCAUAUAAUCCCGUUACACAAUAUACGAAUAUAUAUAUCAGGUGUCGCCUUCUAUGCAUCCUCCUCAGACAACUAUAU